AUGCAGAGGUGCACCCGAAGCCUCCUCUUUGCGUCCCUCAUCCUCUGUGCCACCCUGUCAGAGACCCUGGGACUCAUGUUAUCCGCCAAGGAAAAGAGAGGCUGGACCUUGAACAGUGCUGGUUAUCUCCUUGGUCCACAUGCAGUUGACAACCAUAGAUCAUUUAAUGACAAGCAUGGCCUCGCUGGCAAACGGGAGCUCCAGGCCGAAGAUGGCAUGAAGACAGGAAACUUUGCAAGACCCACAGCUGAUGACAACAUUGUGCGUACAGUACUUGAAUUUCUGACAUAUUUGCAUCUCAAAGAAGCCGGGGCCCUUGAUAAUCUGCAGUCUGCAAUCUCAUCAGAAGAAACAAAUCAAUCCUGA